UGCCUAGAGAAACAGCUGUGGAUCGGGGUGGGAGGCAAACUGCGUUGGAUAAUCUAGAACGCUGAAUAAGUGAAUGUUGGAUAAGUGAGACUCUGAAUGAAGAAAUUUGCCAAUAUUGUUUUGUUGCGGCAAGACUAAUAAUUGCAAAAACAUGGAAGGGGGAAGAAGAGCUAAGUAUUAGAGAUUGGAGAGACAAACUGGGGGGAUAUAUCCAAAUGGCCAAGCUGACAAAUAGCAACAGAGGAGGAAAUAAUGAGGAGUUUGCAAAUAAAUGGAGGCUGGCACUUGGGUAUUUGGAAAAGAAGACAAAGGUAGAUUUGAUGACAGCCAUAAAGGGGAUUUAGCGAAAGAAGAUACAGGGGUAGUUGACGGUCAGUUACGCGAUACUUACUGAGGGGUAUCGGAGGUCUAGGGGGUUGGGUUCACGGGCGAGGGGUAAGGGGGACAAGGAUAAGUUAAGGUACAACAAUGGUAUAGCAAAUCUGUGAUCAUCCAUUAGUUUAGCGACACUACAGUGCAAAUUGUUAUACCUGUUUGUAUUUCUUUUUUUGUUUCUUCUCUUUUUAUUCCUUUUUUCUAUUUUAUUCCUUUUUUUUCUGCGGUUGUAUAUGGAUACAUGUUAUUUUAGUUACUGUUUUUCACUUUCAUUAAUAAUAAAAAAAAAAGAUAAGUGAGACUCUACUGUACAUGAAACCGCUGGGAGAGAUCAUUCAUAGGCAUGGGAUGGAGUGUUAUCAGUAUUUUGAGGACACCCAAAUAUAUUUCUGCAUGCCUUCAAAAACAGCCUCAGCUAAGAACAGCAUGUCUCCUCUGAAUGAAUGCCUGGAGGAGUAAUGGAUUGGAUGAGGAAAAACAAAUUGAAAUUGAAUCCAUACAAAACAAGGGUGCCUGCCAUCUGCGGCUGGAGGUAUGUCAAUCAGUCCUAGUUGGGGUUACACUCCCCCUGAAAGACUGUGCUCGCAGCUUGGGAGUGCUCCUGGACCCAUCUCUCCAAAUGUCAGCCUAAGUAGAUGCGACAGUCAGGGGUGCUGACUAUCAGCUUUGGACAUCAGCUGUGCCCCUUCUUAGAUUUGAAGGGCCUAAUGAUGGUAGUGCACACACUGGUAAUCUCAAGGUUGGACUUCUGCAAUGCGCUUUACAUUGGGCUACCUGUGUACCAAGUUCAGACACUCCAGCUGGUUUAAAAUAUGGCAGCCAGAUUGAUUACAGGAACACCCAGGAGUGAGCAUAUUACACCUAUUCAAAAGUCACUCCAUUGGCUGCCAAUUAGUUUCCAAGCAAAGUUUUCACCUUUAAAGCCCGACAUGGUUUGGGUCCAGUUUACCUACAGGAUCGCUCUCUCCCAUACAAUUUGCCCCAAAUGCUUAAGCCCUCUGGGAGAUGGCUACUCUAACCAGCCAGAACCCGAAUGCUGAUUGUAACCCAGAGGACCUUUUCAUCAACCACCCCAUGUAAACAUGUAUACAGUCUUACAAUUACUAACAGCCCUUUGAAGGCAACCAUAAAGCUGACCUGGCCCUCGGUGAAAAAGACACUCCUGCUACAAGGUGUAGGUUCUCCCAGGAUGCACUAAGCUCUUACCUUUUGUCUCUCUUCUCAAAGAAGAGGAUAGUUCCCCUUUUUGAUAAGAGUUAAGGUACAGUACUCAAACUGAUCUGUGAAUAGGUCAACCCAGCUUUUUUGGUACGUUGAUUGUCUGAAUAAAAUUUCUAAACCGAUAUAUGAGUAUACAGGUAACUUUGUUAAAUUGACUGUACUUGUGCUAUUAUUUAAGUUUCCAGAUUUCCAAAACUGCAUGUUAUGCAGGAUCCCUUGCUGACAUUGAAGAAAAAAACAGAUUUCUUUAGUAUGCUGCAUCUGAAAUUGAAUAUGGGGUUCUUAAGUCUACUAUUCAUUACCCCUCUUUUAUUUGGAGUCACAGUCUGCCAAUAUGAAUUUGAUGACUUUGAAGAUGACUAUGAAAAUGAAAUAGAUCAUGAAUAUCCACGCAUUUUCCACCAUAAUCCUGGGAUAGAAAAUGUCUUUCCUUAUUUUAAUACACCAAAUGAAUGUGCCAAAGAAUGCUUUUGUCCUCCUAAUUUCCCAAUAGCAAUGUACUGUGACCAUCGUAAACUUCAGAAAAUACCAAGCAUACCCUCUCAUAUCCAACAGGUUUAUCUGCAAUAUAAUGACAUCAAAGCAGUACAUUUGGAAUCCUUUGUUAAUGCUACUGCCUUGAAAGAAAUCGACCUCAGCCAUAACAAAAUUAAUUCUCAUAUGAUUGACACAGGUGUCUUUGCCAAACUCUCAAACUUAGCUCAACUCCACUUGCAAUACAAUCUGUUAGAAGAAGUCCCAUAUCCACUACCUAGAAGCUUAGAACGCUUGAUCUUGGGCUUCAAUCAGAUUUCCAGUUUGCACCGCAAAGCUAUAGAAGGUUUAGUAAAUCUCACCAUGAUUGACCUCUGCAGCAACUACCUUGAGGAUUCGCAAUUCAAAGGAAUACAGUUUUCAAAUACGAACAAUUUAAUGCAACUCAACCUCUGUAGCAACAGACUACAAUCAAUGCCUCCAGAACUACCAUCUUCGCUAAUGUAUCUUUCACUUGAAAACAAUUCAAUUUCUGUCAUUCCAAAUAACUAUUUCCAGAGACUUCCCAAACUUCUCGCUCUCAGAAUGUCAUACAAUAAUCUGCAAGAGGUUCCUCACAAUGCUUUUAAUAUUCCUGGUCUUGUGGAACUCAAUCUUGGACACAAUAAACUGAAGCAAGUCUUCUAUAUUCCAAGAAGCCUGCAGCACUUGUACAUAGAAGAUAAUGAAAUAGAAGUUAUGAAUAUUACGUUAAUGUGUCCUUCUCUUGAUCCACUGAACUUCAGUCACUUAACCUAUAUACGAGUGGACCAAAACAAACUCACAGCUCCUCUAAGCACAUACGCCUUCUUCUGCUUUCCACACAUACGAAGUAUAUACUACGGUGAACAAAAACUCAGUACCAGUCAACGAACACAACUGAGAACACCAGUGUUUCGAAGAUACCUUACACCAGAAGAGUAUGAAGAAGCAGAAGAUGGCCAUGAAGAUCAAGAUCAUGAGAACGAUAUUAGAGGAAGGGAGGAUGAUGACUACUUUGAUUCUUACUUGUAUUAAAUCAUUUUAGAUGCAAUCAUAAUGUAUGCUGUUUUCUCAUAUGAUGCAUAAUCCAGUCUAAAUUAAUUAUAAACAUUUCCAUAUAAUUGAGGAGAAUGCCUAUUUUAAAAGCAAAUGGAACCACUUGGAAAACACAGCACUAUGUGGCAUUUCUCAGCCAUCUGAAGUAAGGAAGCAAAAACAAGCUAUUGUUAACAUUUUAGAUUUAAUUAAUGCAGAAACAGAACUUUCCAAAUCUUCAAAUUUAUACAAUGUGAACAUCAAGGGUGAGAAAGAUUCUAAAUAUCAUACCUGUACAAUUAUAAUUUUUCAGGGAUAUAAACAAACAUUGUGGCAAUUCUGCAUGUAUAAUGCAUAUUUGAUGCAAUAUCAAGGAACCAAGAAGAAAGAAGGAAAAGAAAUAAGGAAUAUAUGUCUAUAAUGCAGAAAAGUAUUAUUAGUUAUGACUGCAAGUUGUUUGCAGUUGGGUAUACAAGUUCUAUAAUCCUGGUUAAAGAUAUAGUCAAAGGCACUAAGCAGGGUCAGUCCUAGAUAGGGUUUGGAUGGGAGACUGCUAAGGAAAAUGGGUGUUGUGAGCUGUAUUUUUGAGGAAAGAACUGGCAAAACCAUCUCCUUGCUUUAGAAAAAAUAAGAAAUUAAUGGGUUCACUAUAAGUCGACAGGCAACUUGAAGCAACACACAUACACUCAGUUUUAAGGGAAACAUUAGUAUUUUCAAGUUUCCAGGUAUAUGACCAUGCUGUAACGUGCAAAUACACUAUGUAUCUAUGACAACCAAAUACAAAUUAAAAUCCAUGACAGUAAUAGCUUCUUCCAGAUUCUGAACUUUUUCAGUUCGUAAAUAUUAAGCUAGUAUGUUAACUAGCUCAGAAGAACAAACUGUAGGUACUGUAUAGCCAUUUGGAGAAGAUGACUGAUAGAAAUUAAUCUAUAAAAGUCACAUUUAAGGCUAGUCAUAAGGAUUUCCUAUCACUCCACAUUUUCUGUAGGGUAUCUAUAUUUCAUAACUUAAUAAUCUGUAAUUUAUAACAAUAUCCAUCAGUUUUAAUGACCAGAUCACUGAAAGCAUAGGCAUGGCAUAAUUCCAUUAUUUACUUAUUAUUUUCACUUUACAACUAAUUGUGUAACACUAAUGCUUGUAAGUAAAAGCCAUAUAUUGAGCUAAAAGUUUUAACCUUUUAAUAUUUUUGUAUUAACUUAGAAAGCUAGAUCGAGGCAUUUGCUGAUAAAUGUACCAUCUAAUUCAGACAUAUAUUUGAUUUCUUGUAGCAGAUUGCUUAUCUUUAUAAUAAAUCAGGACAUAAUAAAUACUGAUGCACUGGAAA